AUGGUGCAUUUUACUGGUGAGGAGAAGGCUGCUGUCACUAAUGUGUGGAGCAAAGUGAAUGUGGAAGAGGCUGGAGGCGAAGUGCUGGGCAGGCUCCUGGUCGUCUACCCCUGGACCCAGAGGUUCUUUGACAACUUUGGCAACCUGUCCUCUUCUUCUGCCAUAAUGGGCAACCCCAAGGUCAAAGCUCAUGGCAAGAAGGUGUUGACUUCCUUUGGAGAUGCUAUUAAGAACAUGGACAACCUCAAGAGUGCCUUUGCUAAGCUGAGUGAGCUGCAUUGCGACAAACUACAUGUGGAUCCUGAGAAUUUCAGGCUCCUGGGCAAUGUGAUGGUGAUUGUUCUGGCUUCUCAUUUUGGCAAGGAAUUCACCCCUGAUGUGCAGGCUGCUUGGCAGAAGCUGGUGGCUGGUGUUGCCAAUGCCAUGGCCCACAAGUACCACUGA